CCGUCGGUGUAGGGCUCGCCGGGAAAUGUAGUCCCUCGGGGGCGGCCCGGGGCGGUGGCCGCACGUCCCGCGGACCCGGUGGCCCAUCGGGCGUGGACCCGGCAUGGCGGGGCCGGGUGGCUCGGGCGGCCCGAUCGGGGCCGGGGCCCUGGCCGGUGGCGCGCGGUCCAAGGUGGCCCCGAGCGUGGACUUUGACCACAGCUGCUCGGACAGUGUCGAGUACCUGACGCUCAACUUCGGGCCCUUUGAGACAGUGCAUCGUUGGCGGCGCCUCCCGCCUUGCGACGAGUUCGUGGGGGCCCGGCGCAGCAAGCACACAGUGGUGGCCUAUAAAGAUGCCAUCUAUGUAUUUGGUGGAGACAACGGGAAGACGAUGCUCAACGACCUCCUUCGUUUCGACGUGAAGGACUGCUCCUGGUGCAGGGCCUUCACCACUGGGACCCCUCCUGCUCCCCGCUACCACCACUCGGCCGUCGUCUAUGGCAGCAGCAUGUUCGUCUUUGGGGGUUACACUGGGGACAUUUAUUCCAAUUCCAACUUGAAGAAUAAAAAUGACCUCUUUGAGUACAAGUUUGCAACUGGCCAGUGGACGGAGUGGAAAAUUGAAGGACGGUUGCCAGUCGCUAGGUCAGCCCAUGGCGCCACAGUGUACAGUGACAAGCUGUGGAUCUUUGCCGGCUAUGACGGCAACGCCAGGUUGAACGACAUGUGGACCAUCGGCCUCCAGGACCGGGAGCUAACAUGCUGGGAGGAGGUGGCCCAGAGCGGUGAGAUCCCGCCCUCCUGCUGCAACUUCCCGGCGGCUGUCUGCAGGGACAGGAUGUUUGUCUUCUCAGGCCAGAGCGGGGCCAAGAUAACCAACAAUCUCUUCCAGUUCGAGUUCAAGAACAAGACGUGGACACGCAUCCCCACCGAGCACCUGCUCCGGGGCUCUCCGCCGCCCCCACAGCGACGCUACGGGCACACCAUGGUGGCCUUUGACCGCCACCUUUACGUGUUUGGGGGCGCAGCUGACAACACACUCCCCAACGAGCUGCACUGCUACGACGUGGACUUCCAGACCUGGGAGGUCAUUCAGCCCAGCUCGGACAGUGAGGUCAGCGGAGCCGAAAUGCCCGAGCGAGCAUCUGCUUCCGAGGAGGCACCUGCCCUGGGCUCCGAGGAGCGGGGCGGCUGCAAGAAGUCCCGGGAUGUGUUCGGCCUGGACUUUGGCAGCACCACCACCAGGCAGCCCACCCUGCCAGCCUCAGAGCUGCCCAGUGGAAGGCUCUUCCAUGCGGCUGCCGUGAUCUCCGACGCCAUGUACAUCUUCGGGGGCACCGUGGACAACAAUAUCCGCAGCGGGGAGAUGUACAGGUUCCAGUUCUCCUGUUACCCCAAGUGCACGCUGCACGAGGACUACGGGCGGCUGUGGGAGAGCCGCCAGUUCUGCGACGUGGAGUUCGUGCUGGGCGAGAAGGAAGAGUGCGUGCAGGGCCACGUGGCCAUCGUAACGGCACGCAGCCGCUGGCUCCGCAGGAAGAUCGUGCAGGCGCGGGAGCGGCUGACCCAGAAGCUGGAGGAGGAGGCGGCCCCGGCACUCAGGGAGGGCCCCGCUGGGGCCACGGGUGGGGCCCGGCCACCCCUGCUGCGUGUGGCUAUACGCGAGGCCGAGGCACGGCCCUUCGAGGUGCUCAUGCAGUUCCUCUACACAGACAAGAUCAAGUACCCGCGGAAAGGCCACGUGGAGGACGUGCUGCUCAUCAUGGACGUGUACAAGCUGGCACUGGGCUUCCAGCUGUGCCGCCUAGAGCAGUUGUGUCGUCAGUACAUCGAGGCCUCCGUGGACCUGCAGAACGUGCUGGUCGUGUGUGAGAGCGCUGCCCGGCUGCAGCUGGGCCAGCUCAAGGAGCACUGCCUGAACUUCGUGGUGAAGGAGUCCCACUUCAACCAGGUGAUCAUGAUGAAGGAGUUCGAGCGCCUCUCAUCUCCUCUGAUCGUGGAGAUUGUGCGGCGGAAGCAGCAGCCGCCUCCCCGCGCCCCCUCGGACCAGCCCGUGGACAUUGGCACGUCUCUGAUCCAGGACAUGAAGGCAUACCUGGAGGGGGCGGGCGCGGAGUUCUGUGACAUCACGCUGCUGCUGGAUGGGCACCCGCGGCCAGCCCACAAGGCCAUUCUGGCCGCCCGCUCCAGCUACUUUGAGGCCAUGUUCCGGUCCUUCAUGCCCGAGGACGGCCAGGUGAACAUCUCCAUUGGGGAGAUGGUGCCCAGCAGGCAGGCCUUCGAGUCCAUGCUGCGCUACAUCUACUACGGCGAGGUCAACAUGCCGCCCGAGGACUCGCUCUACCUGUUCGCGGCGCCCUACUACUACGGCUUUUACAACAACCGGCUACAGGCGUACUGCAAGCAAAACCUGGAGAUGAACGUGACGGUGCAGAACGUGCUGCAGAUUCUGGAGGCAGCAGACAAGACGCAGGCACUGGACAUGAAGCGGCACUGCCUCCACAUCAUCGUGCACCAGUUCACCAAGGUCUCCAAGCUGCCCACGCUGCGCUCGCUGAGCCAGCAGCUACUGCUGGACAUCAUCGACUCCCUGGCCUCCCACAUCUCAGACAAGCAGUGCGCAGAGCUGGGUGCUGACAUAUGAGGGCCCACGUGGUGCUGCCUGCCC